AUAUACAUCUUGUUUUAGACAUGCUGUGAUUUAUUUUUAGGAUGUGUUGAAUACUUUUCAUGGCCGUGACACGUUGUGUAGCUCUUCAGAUGGUAAACUGCAGUCACAAUCCGCAUCUGAGGGUGAAAAGGAUGCGUUGGAGACUUCUCCUCAUGGCCGGGACAUGUCUACCUCUUCAGCUGAUGAACUGCACUCACAAUCUGCAUCUGAGGGUGAAAAGGCUUAUGGCAAGGACAUGAACCUAAAUGAAGUCCCAUCUACACAAAGCAGUGAGGAAGAUGAUUACUUCACAUGUUCUUUGCCAUGUCAGCCCUGUUUCUUUUUUAUUGAAAGAAAAGAAUGGCAAAGGCUAAGACAAAACCAGAAGGGAAGACAUUUUCAAGGACUUCAGUGGACCAACAUUAUAGCCAAGGGCAUCAAGUCUCUGCAUCCCAUGUGCAGCUUCGGCUUCAAGAGACACUGUGUUAAAUCCCUGCGUUCACAGACAUCAGCACCUGUUUUCACAUGUAUGGGAUACUGUCGUUUCAGAGAUUGCCCUGUUACUGUACAUGUGAAAGUUGCUGAUGAGUCAACUCUGAAAGCAGCUGUUGUGUUCUUUGGAGGUGAAGUCUGUCAUAACACCACGGAAGUGCAGAGUAGGCCAGUACGUGCAGGUGCACGUGAGUCUAUAGCAGAAGUCCUGGCAACAAAGCUUCCAAGAAGCCUUUAUUUGGAGUCCAUGCAAAAUCUUCCCAAAAAGGUCAUUGAUUCAGGGUGUAGAGAUGAUGCGCCGAGUAAAGAGGUCCUAAAAAACAUCUCAUGGAGUGAGCGAAAAAAAUCCAGACUUCAUUCUGAUGAUCUGAUUAGUUUAAAGGCAAUGCUUGACCAACAGACUGGUACCGACAAUGACGUCCUGCAGGGGAUUAACAUGCACCCAAAAGGGAUCAUGCUUUGGUCUAGAAAAACACUUUCUGUGUUGUUCAAAAGGUGUAAGGAGGAUGUAGUCUAUAAUGAUGCUACAGGGAGUAUUAUUCAAAACCCAAGGGCAGGAAAUCCACCAUACUAUGUGUAUGAGUUAAUAGUGAGAAAUCCAUCCAAAGGUGCCUCCCCUUUACCUGUGGCAACAUAUGUAACAUGCGACCACACAACAGCAUCCGUGACCUACUUCCUGCAGUCUUUUCAAACACAUCUUGUCAGAAUGUAUGGAACAUCUGUAUAUAAAAGGCCAGUCAUGAUCAUGUGUGAUGGCUCCAUUGUGCUCAUGCAAGCGAUUUCAAUAACAUUCUGUAGGACUGGUCUGGAAGAUUUACUGCAGAAGUACUAUGCCUUAAUUAGUGGACAGUAUACUUCUGAAGUAUUUGACCUUCCUAUUCUUCACAGAUGCCUUAGUCACUUCAUGAGAAAUGCCAAGGAUCUUUGCAAAAAACAGUACAUAUUUUUGAUAUCUUACUGUCUCAUUUACUUGCAUUACUUUACCUGUGAUUUUAAAACCUUUUUAUUGCUUUGUAGAAUUCCACAACACUACAAGCUGGCUAUGCAUGUAGUUGUUCUCCUUGCUUGCAGUAGGACACUGAAAGAGAUGGACGAUGUGCUGCACAUUUCAUCAGUUCUCUUUUGCAGUCCUUGCAGUGGAGAAAAUGUGGCUAAGCACUACAACCAUCUCCAGUUGCUUUUUCAACAAAGAGGAACAUCUUUGUGGAUAAAAUCAUUGCUGAAGACUACCAGGUAUUAAAAGGCAAUAUUCUGUGACUCUGGGCAGACCAAACAUGCAAUA